AUGAUUGCCGUUCUGCUGGCUGUCACGGCCAUGUACAGCAUCCAGGGUUGCAUCUAUGGCUUGAGCGACAGUACCAUCCCGCAGCUGCUGAAUCGAAAGGAAACCUCUCUGGGAGCCACUGAGGUUCUGGCCAUCGUUCAUCUUCCUGCAGCUCUGAAGGUCUUUUUUGCACCUCUGGUGGAUUAUGGUGCUCAAAACAUUCCAGGGGGUUACAAGAACUUGAUGAUUGCCUUGCAAGGCCUCGUGGCUGCUGCCUUACUGGCCCUCAUCCCUCUACUGCCUGAAGCGUUGCAGAAAGGCCGCUCGGGAGCUGAAGAGCUGCGAUGGCCUUUGUUCCGGGUGGCCUUGUUGAAUGCAACUGGAGAUUUGAUUCUGGAUGCGUUUGCUCUGAGGCAGAUGCCGGCGAAUCGGCAACACCUUCCGGCAGUAUGUCAGGUGAUUGGAAUCUUUGUUGGCACGACAGUUGCGAAAUCAGGACUUUUCCUAUUGAUGAAGCUGGAAGUCCUUUCAGUGGAAGGGGUAGUGGCAGGUUUUGUGGGUUUUAUGGCAAUCACUGCUUUGCUUGCGGUGCUCGCGGUUGCUCUGGCAGGCAAGGCCGACAGGAAUUUAGCAAUGGUGCACUUCCGCGACGUGUUGCAGGGGUUCUGGGUCUUCACAACACAUCGUCCCAACAUGGCACAUUGGCUCUUGUAUCAGUUCUUCAUGCCAGCAGUCAACUUUCAUCACACCGUGGUCCUUCCGAGUCGCUAUGAGCAGUGGGGGUUCCAGGGUGAAGACUAUGCUGCUUACGACUUGCCAUUGGCCUUAGUCACGCUGAGUGUCCUGGUGGUGGCCUCCACAGCUACUAAAGACACCAAGAGACAGCUCUCCUGGGUCAUGAUGGGCUAUAUCUGUGAGGCGCUAGUGGUACUCGGUUUAGUGGCCCAAUACUGCUCCUGGUCGGGAAAGCCCACGGCCACCUUCAAAUUCACAUAUGCCGUGCUCAACAAGUUGCACGAUCUCUUGUUCUUUGUUUGCGACAUGCUGGAGUUUGCUUUCAUGGGUCAAGUCGCAAACCUGGAGCCCAAGCUGGUGGCGACUCUGGCCACCAUCCAACUUCAGUCUUCAACUUUUCGAACUUCUUUUACUCCUGGCUAG